AUGCCAAUGAUUCACGACCUUCCUAUGGAGCUACUCUCACGAAUUUUCUUCUUCCUCUACAUGAAAAGCCGCAAAGAAGUCCGAAUGAUGCGUAUAAUUCUUGAUACACCCGAGGACGACAUCCUCGGAAAGACAGAAUGGGCGGAUAAAGACCCUCGCAGCCUAGCGCUCUUCCCCCACGCUCAAGCGAAGGUCUGCCAACACUGGCUGAACGUCCUUUCAACCCAUGCAAUUUUCUGGGAUCGAGUCAUUUUUGAUCUUCGGGAAGACCCAACGCGGAUGUUGGACUCCCUUCGCUGGUCGAAGGACCUGCCACUCGAGAUUUUCGCAUUCAACUCGUCGCCCUUCCCUAAUCCCCAGCACGACAAUUUCCAGGCGCAACGCGACGCAGUCGCAUUGGAACUUUCUCGAUUUCAGGCGUUAAUGGUUGUCUGCACACCUCACAUCAAGCGUUGUACAUCGGUUGUGUUGGAAGCAAUGUACCCUACUUCACUCUCACCUUGUUCCUUGUUCCUCCAGUCGCACUGCAAACCCUCGGAUCUUUGCACAUUGAUGCUCACUUCAGUACGAGCUGCCAACCCCCCAUCUCCUCUGGCUGCCGUCAAUCCUUCAUCGGACCCACCUUCGAGCCUCCCACCGCUUGUUCAAUAUCAAUCACUCAAGCUUCUCUGCCUUGACGCCUCCGUAUUCAUGUCAUUUGGAAGGAUGUUCAAAGGACGAGAGAACGACAUUGCGAGUCAUCGAGGAUGCCUUAUGGUUUCAAGAUAUAUCUUCCACUACGACAAGAACGGGGCCUUCGACGGGCCCUUCACAGUGGACGACUUUUUGGACUGUAUUGAAAAAAUGGGUCCAGAAUACAUCACCUUGCGCGACCUCCUCGUACAAGGACCACACGAUGAGCAACCUACACUGGAACCACCCGCGUAUUUCUACCCAUUCUCGACCCCUGCACUCCUCUUCGAAAACGUCUCCGCGCCUCUCUUGUCAGCGUACUUCGACCGCUUCCCACUCGAGGACGAGUCAGUCAAGUUCAAAUUUUGUGACAUCCCAGCGGUACCAAAAGGGUGCAUGGUUUGGUGCUAUUUCCUCACCUUAGAAAACAUUCCGGCGUCGACAGACCUUCGUGGUCUCCUUAAUUCCUGGGACGGCGGAGAGCUUACAGUCAAAAAUUGCCCGUGCUUCGACGACUCUUUGUUAUCCUGGCUUGCCCGGGACCCCGGCCAUGUGCCGCGUUUACGGAGCCUCGAGAUCGAAAAUUGCAAUUCGUUUACGAUGAAAAGACUGCGGAAACUGAUUCGUCUCAGAACACGAGAACCGGACUCUAGCUCUACCUCAGAGGAGGAUGGCGACUUUGCAUAUAUCAACACGCUCUUCGUGUGCGGAGAUAAUUACUCCCUUACCGCAGAAGAGCUUUCCUGGUUCAAGAGCCAUGUCGACGCGUGGUUCACCACAUCUCAGCAUUUUCUGUACAUUCCCCUGUAG